AGCGUUUUUUGUGUCUGUGAUCCUUUGGCGCCAUGGCAGGCGUAUGCUCCAUCGAUAUGGAAGCCAUCAGGCAGCCGCGCGCUGUUUACGCGCAAGCAGCGCCUGCGCUGCAACUACCAUCAGACCCGCCGUCUCCUGCUGGCUCAUUGGUCUUCACGCCAGUGAAUGCCCCAUCGACCUACUGGCGAACGACGAUUUGCCCUAACACUCCGCACAAGGGUCAUGCCUGCGUGUCGCACAGCGCGGACUCCACUCCAAGGUCCGGACCCCCGACGCCGGCCGUGCUGUGGCCUUCGGCGCCGAGCCCGUGCGGUUGGGGCAGCUGGAGCUUCGCCAUGAGCCCGACCAACGGCAACACCUGGGCGAGCAACUCGUCGCAGGGAGACUCAGAGCGGACUUUGAGCUCUGCCUUCCCAGAUAGCUUCGGGAAGCAGCCGAUGCUGCGCCGUGCUUGCACUCUACCAACGGCACCGGAAAUCGAGUCUGAUGAAGAAGAGGAUGAUUUUGACAUUGGCAUCGACCGAACGGUGUCUGAGUCCCAAGUGACGGUGAGGCCAAAGGCGAAGGCCGAUGAGGUCCCAAGCCAGCACAGGUUUCUUCAGAGGUUCGAUGCCAUGCAGGCCCAUCACGUGCAGCUGACCCCUGAGCGGCGGGACAAGGUGCACGGCUCUCGCGACCGCGAGAACCGCGAGAACAGCCCGGCCACGGCGGAGAAGAUGAUUCGACCUCGGAGCGUGGCACGGCGCCCCAGUUCCGGCGAGGCUUCGGCCACUUUGACAGCUUCACUCGAGGAAUGCGUGCCGGCAGCGUGCAAAUAGAGUUUGAAGUUUUUGGGUCUUGGCCUGUGGCCAAGGCAGGGUUUUCCCGGCUUGUAUAUGCACACCGCCAGGGGGUGUGUUUUUGCGGCGCCGGGUAAUUCAAGCUGCCAAUCACCGUGAACUUGUCAAUUCAACGUUUUGCUUUGCUUUGUGGCAGCCACUGCAUGGGUAGGCCGCCUUGGCCUUCUGUGUUAGGGGACACAGGACCAGGCUCGAGGCGAAUUCAAGUGGCCAUGGAGUCUGGGAGGAUCUCCCUGUACAGAGAGCUCCAGAAGGCAAACCCGCCGAAAGCGCCUUUCGGGGGCAGACGGCUUGCCGUCAGAGUGAGGCCCCUUCGAUCUGUGGAUGUGCCAAGGCGGCGAAUUGGACGGAUGUGAGCCAGACAGACUGGCCUCACGCCCGUGAUACCGUCGGGAAAUCCGAAAUCCUUCACCGACCGGUGGAGUUUUCCUUCCCUUGCAUCUCUAGCUGGUCGGGUGAAAAUUGCAAGUUGUUCAC